GAGUCAGAAAUGGAAGAAAUACAAAGUGGAUCGAAAGAAAACUAUCUGCAGAAUCCAGAUCCAUGGGAUUCCCAAGAACAAUUGUCCAUAAAACGUUCAGCAAAUGCAUUGAGAAAUUUAGAAGAGAGUGGAAGGAGAGAAAAGAUAAAGAGGAGGAAAAGAAAUUGA